AUGCAAAUCGAUAUUGAAAUUCAAAAUCAACCAGCCUGCACAUCUUAUACAUCAGAAGUAGAAUUUGAUGAAGAAACGUCUAUUGAUAAUCAAGAACAAACUGUAGAACGAGCCGAACGGGUUGAUGUUGCGACUAAUAGAUCCACUAAACCAAAACAUCGAGUUUCAAAGACAAACAGUAUAACUGAAAUUCUACCAAAUCCUAGCGAACCGAUUACAUUUGAAAAUGAUCCAUCCCCGAUCAUUGAAUAUGCUGCUGAGCCUAUAUUGCCACUUUCUUUAGCAUGUGCUCCACUCCUUGAUAUUCUUUAUAAUUUGGCGUUUUAUGUUCAGUUGGCACUAGAUGAAACGCCCGCUAAUCCACCAAAUGGUUUAACAGUUCAUGAAAGUGCUGCAAUUCGUCUGUAUACUCUCGAAUGGGAAGCACCACAUAAAAGUCUCUAUUCAAUGCUCAAUUACACUCUUAAAAGCAGCAAUCGUGAAGAACUUCGACCUUAUUUCAAGUAUAUGAAAUUAUU